UGGGUUACAGGGCUGGCUCAGUGCAGCGCUGCCAUGCGAGCCCUCGCAUCUUUCCUCGCCCUGCGCUGCGCCGCGCCGCCGCGCAGGGUGCUCCUGCGAGCGCUGACGAGUGACGGCGAGAACGUGCACGCGGCCUGGACGAAGGAGGACGACUGGAAGCUCUGGCAGCAUCGCGACGACGCUGACGUCGCGGAGCUCCUGGGCCGCAAGGCCGGUGGCGUCGCGGCGCGGCUGAAAAAGCUCGAGGACCCGGCGUCGACGGCGGCGAAGCGGCUCUUCGGGGAAGUGGAGGCGGAGGAGACGAUCGACAUGGAAGACUACCUCGCGCUGGACGACGACGCGCUGCUGCGCCAGUGCCGAAUUGAUUACAGGCGAGACUCCGGGCCCGGCGGCCAGAAACGCAAUAAAGUGGAGUCCGCCGUGCGGCUGACGCACACGACGAGCGGCGUCGUGGCGAACGCCAUGGAAGACCGGUCGCAGCACGUCAACAAGCGCCGGGCGCUGCGGCGGCUGCGGACGAACAUCGCACAUAAUGUAAGGAGGCCCGUCGAUCUGGAUGAGCCCUUCGAUAAUGAUGAUGCGUGCGCGGGCCUGCUGCCGUGGACGUCCGCUCAAAGAAUAGGCGCAAAGAGCGCGCUGCGGCCGAGAGCCGAGCAGGCGCUGCUCGACGUCCUCGAGGCUUGUAACGGUUCGAUCGGCGACGCCGCUACUUAUCUGGGCGGCUCGACGGGGCAGCUGUCGAAAGUCCUUACAAAAGACACGCGUCUCAAGGACGCGGCGAACGCGAUCAGAAGAAACUUCGACCUCGGGCCGCUACGCUCACGAAAAUAA